GCCUCUCGGCAGCGCAGGCGGCAGCGGGGGCGGCGCAUGGAGCCGGCGGGCGGGCAGUAGCGGGGCGGAGGCGGCCAUGGGGGUGGCUGGCGGGGUGUGAGGAGGAGCCGGGGGAGCCCCAGCCGGAGGCCCGGCGGGAACAGCCCCGUCCCGCGGGCAGGUGAGAUUUGAGGGAUGCUCAAAUGGGUCAGGGCAGCAUGAAAGAGGCUUGCAACUACUGCUACCCAGCUAUAUCUGUUCUGGGAAUAAAUAUAGGACUUCAGUCUCUAGUGCUAAUGGAGCCAUCGUCUUUCUCAAAUACUGAAUGAAUUUACUUCUUCCUCCUCUAAAAAGGUUAAAGGAUAAUGGCAGGAAAAGUGAAAUGGGUAACUGACAUAGAAAAGUCCGUGCUAAUAAAUAACUUUGAAAAGAGAGGAUGGAUUCAGGUGGCAGAAAAUGAAGACUGGAAUUUUUACUGGAUGAGCGUACAAACCAUCCGCAAUGUUUUCAGUGUGGAAACUGGUUACCGGCUUUCUGAUGACCAAAUCGUCAACCAUUUCCCGAACCACUAUGAGCUGACACGGAAGGACUUGAUGGUGAAAAAUAUCAAGAGAUAUAGGAAAGAACUAGAAAAAGAAGGGAGUCCUCUUGCAGAGAAAGAUGAGAAUGGAAAAUAUAUUUAUUUAGAUUUUGUGCCUGUCACCUUUAUGCUCCCUGCUGAUUACAACCUGUUUGUUGAAGAAUUCAGAAAAAAUCCUUCCAGCACCUGGAUUAUGAAACCUUGCGGGAAAGCCCAGGGCAAGGGGAUAUUUCUUAUCAAUAAACUCUCUCAAAUUAAAAAGUGGUCUCGAGACAGUAAAACAUCUUCGUUUGUUUCUCAAUCUUCUAAAGAAGCCUAUGUAAUUUCUCUCUAUAUCAACAAUCCAUUACUGAUUGGUGGGAAGAAAUUUGACCUGCGCUUGUAUGUUUUAGUGUCUACGUAUCGUCCGCUGCGGUGUUACAUGUAAGAUCAAACUA